AUGUCGUCGACCCCGCCGAACUACAAGAAGGCAGAUCCAAUUCUGCUGACGCUCUUCGCCAACCGGUUCAUGAGCGUCGCAGAGGCGAUGGGCCGCUCCUUGCAGCAGACCGCGAUUAGCACCAAUAUCAAGGAGCGGCUGGACUUUUCCUGUGCGUUGUUCGCGCCGGACGGUGAUUUGGUGGCGAAUGCGCCUUUCAUUCCCAUUCAUUUGGGAUCUAUGAGCUUUGCCGUUCGCUACCAGAUGCAACUGCAUGGCAAGGACCUCAAGCCCGGUGACGUCUUUAUGACCAACUCGCCCUCUGCUGGUGGCUCGCAUCUCCCCGAUAUUACGAUAAUUAGUCCUGUCUUCGACACCCAGACCGGCAAGGUCAUAUUCUUCACCGCGUCUCGUGGACACCACGCAGACAUUGGCGGGAUCCUGCCCGGCUCGAUGCCACCGACUUCGACGAGCAUCUUCGAGGAGGGCGCGGAGAUCGUCAGCUUCAAGAUCGUGAGCGGCGGCGUGUAUGACCAUGAUGGUCUAGUGGAGUAUAUGGUCAAUAAGCCCGCGCAGUAUCCUGGCAGCUCGGGUUGCAGGAACAUCAAGGAUGUCGAGAGUGACCUCAAGGCCCAAAUCGCGGCGAACCACAAGGGCAUUCAGCUUAUUCAAGCCAUCGUCGAUGACUACGGUCUUGAGACCGUUCAGGAAUACAUGUAUCACAUCCGUGCUAACGCGGAGGUUUCUGUGCGCAAUCUUCUCAAGGAUGUCGUGAAGCGCGCUGGCACCAACGUCCUUGAAGCCAUCGACUAUCUUGACGACGGUUCUCCGAUUCAACUACGCGUGGAGAUCAACGAAGAAGACGGAUCUGCGAUCUGUGACUUCGAGGGCACGGGCUGUGAGGUCCGAGGGAACCUGAACGCGCCGAUUUCUGUUGUACAUUCGGCUGUGAUCUACUGCAUGCGCGCGAUGCUGGACAUGGACAUCCCGCUUAACGCGGGCUGCCUUGUACCGAUCACGGUCAAGAUCCCAGAGGGCUCGCUCCUCUCCCCUUCGCGCACCGCAGCCGUAUGUGGUGGAAACGUGCUGACGUCGCAGCGCUUGGUGGAUGUCGUGCUCAAAGCAUUCCACGCAUGCGCCGCGAGCCAGGGCUGUACCAAUAACCUGACGUUCGGAGCCGGUGGGAAGGACAAGGAUGGAAACAACGUCGUCGGGUGGGGAUACUAUGAGACGAUCGCCGGUGGCUCGGGCGCAGGCCCCGGCUGGCACGGAACAUCAGGCAUCCACACGCACAUCACCAACACUCGCAUUGGUGAUGUCGAGAUCCUCGAGCGGCGCUACCCCGUGCUCGUUCACCAGUUCGCGAUCCGUGAAGGCUCGGGCGGCAAGGGGAAGUGGCGUGGAGGUGACGGCGUCGUGCGUGAGCUCGAAUUCACGGAGGGCCUGCAGGUGUCCAUCCUCUCUGAGCGACGCACACGCCAACCAUAUGGCAUGGAGGGCGGCAAUCCUGGUGCCAUGGGACGCAACACGUGGGUUAAGCAGCCCCGCAAGGAGGACGGAGACUUGCCCGAGGACGCUGACGAGCGGCAGCCGCUCAAACCGCGGAAGAUCAAUAUCGGGGGGAAGGCGACGGUAUGGAUGGGCAAGGGCGACAAGUUGCUGAUUGAGACACCAGGCGCGGGAGCGUGGGGCGCACUCGACCCUGAGGCUGCAGAAGCAGAUCCGGACCACAGUCAUGUCAAGGCAUGGGCACCGAGGGGUAGUCUUGCGGAGAGGGAGGCAGCGCAGGCUGGUUUCUAGAAAUGCUAUACGAUAGGGAAGAAAUGAAACAGUGUAGCGUGUCUUCGUAGCCUUGUAUCUGUAUUCAUGCGUUGAUACUGUAUAAUCAAGCAAAUUGUUCCUUGGGA